AUGCAACGAGAAGAAAAGCAAUUGGAAGCCACAUUACAUGCUAUAUUAAACAGAGUUAAUGAUCUAAAAAGUGCUAUACAAGCACUCAUAACAAAAUUAGAAACUGAAUACGAAACCAUAAAUUGGCCAACAUUUCUUGAUAAUUAUGCAAUUUUAUCUGGUCAUCUGACUGGUUUGAGCAAAAUUCUUCAGUCUGAAGUGGCUCCUUCAUUGCGAUCUGUUGUCGUACUCCCUUUGCAAUUAGGUUGUGAACGAGAUGAAGCAUUAGCUCGUUUAACUGAAGGAAGGGUGCCUGCUUGUACUCAUGACUUAGUGCCAGAUUUGCUGAGAACUAAACCUGAACCUCAAGCAGAACAACGUCUUCAACAAUUUAACCAUAAAGCCAGUACACUUAGUCAUGAUACAGCACAGAAACAAGUUGCUCAAUUUACAAAAGUCAUAAGUCAUGUAUGGGAAAUUAUAUCAAAAGGACGUGAAGAUUGGGAGGGUGAAUCUAUGAGAUCAGCAGGUAUGCAGCCAACUCACAGUAUAGCUGAUACACAUGCGUUAGUAACUGCAGUUGGAACAGGAAAGGGGCUAAGACCUGGCAUGCCUUCCAUUGUACCGCAAGGAGUAGGGGCUCCAGGCAUGGGACCUUCACGUGGGCCUGCGCCACAACUUGGUCCAGCUGCACCUGCCAUGCCUAAAGCACCUUCAGCUAUUAAAACAAACAUUAAAGCAGCUAACCAAAUACACCCAUAUCAGCGAUAA